AUGGAUACCAAAAUUAUAAUCAUAUUGAUGUCUUUGGUGUUAGUAAAGGCGCAAUUCUUUGAGGAUCGUCGUUGUCGGUGCGUGUGUCCAAGCCCCGCUGCAGUUCUAAACACCUCGACCACACGGCAGAUCUAUACUGGGAACGUACCUCCUAACCAGUGCAACUGCGAGGAAGUUGUGUUCCCUUUCAUUAGAGAAGAACUUGAAGGAAAACUGUAUUUGUUUUGCCCGAGGUGUGAUUGCGUGUAUCAGACACGUAACACGAGUCUUAUAAUGGCUGUGGUGUCGAUGAUUAUCAUACUGGUGAUGGUACUGAUACUGUAUAGCAUUGCUAUAUGGUCGCUCAAAGCUGUUCUGAGGCGCAGAAACCGAAUCGUUUCGCGAACACCUGCAUCGACAGACCAACCUGACACUACGGAACAGAGGACUGAAGAGGAACAAUCAUCAUCUGAAGGGGGCCGUGGAAGUAGGGCUGUUUCAGUAGUGGGCGAGGAACCAAGUGCUAGGAAUCAAUCUGGUACUCAAAGGAGACGCCGAAGACAAAGGGUAAAACUUGUGAUUACCUUUCAUAACCACGACUUGGCAAUGUUGAAUUCACUACGACAACGUGCGGCCGAUAAUGAACUAAUAGACAAUAUAGAAUCAGACGAUGAUUAG